AUGACUGCUUCUCAUUAUAUUCAUAGGAACGCUGGUGAUGAAGAUAGAGGUCUUUGGUUUCGUUUUCUUGGGUAUGUUAUGUUCUACUUAUCCGAUUCGGUGCUUAUCAUGGCUCAUGGCGGCUACAGAAUUCCAUUAGCUGAAAUGUUUAUUCUCGGUACAUACUACUCAGCUCAAUAUCUCAUUUUGUGCGGCAAUAUUCACUCAGGUCUUUAUGUCCAACAGAGAUACCUGACUCAUGCUUCGAAUUAUUGGUAA